AUGUUACCUGCGCAGUUUCUCAGAAAGACACGACGCCGAAGAAACAAGGCACGUUAUCGAGCACGGAAAGCGGACUUGGGACGUCUCGCACGGCAACGGUUGGCGCAACAAGACUUUGAGGAGCAAGAUUAUGAGAUGCCAAAGGACGAGGAACACGAUAAGCAACCAGAGGAGCCAGAAGAUUCAGAGGAAUCAGAGGAGGACGAGGAAGAAGACAAGCAAGAGGAGUUGCAAGAAGAUGAGCAAGGAGAACAAGUCGAUGAGCCAGAGGAGCAAGAAGAUUAUCCGAAGGGAGAUGAUCAAGAAGACUGGGUGGAGACUGAAGAUACAGUCAAUUUCGUCAAAUUUGAGGUGGAUGAUCCUGAGGCCCCAAAGAUUGGUCAACAGUGGCCUAACAUGAAAGCUGCAAGAGCGGAUAUGUACCUUUGGAUCUACAAACAGCAUGAAUCAUGGGAGUUCGACAAGUCCUGGAAGAUCGCUAAGUCAGACAGAUUUGACUUCAUACUCAAGUGCAGUAUCGAUGCGGAUUGCGAAUUCCUUUUAAAGAUAGGCGGCCCUAGUGAUGAUAAGGAGAAGCGAACAUUGCAUACAUAUAUACCGCACAGUUGCGCCUUGAAUACGUAUGUCACCUGCCGAGGCGAGUUUGGCACGAAAUAUCCUCUUCAUAUCUACGGAGAAGGCACUAGUCCAGAUGCUGAUGUUGAAGCUGCAAUAAACGAACCUGAAACGAAAUUCGACACCAGUCUAUCCUUUCAGCGUAAUUUCCCUGUUUCUAACAAAAAAAAGGCGCCACCAAAGAGAGAAAUUACCUAUUAUUUCCCAGAUGGACAUCGCUGGCAAUUCGAGGUUGAGGAUGAAUCAAAGUAUGACAAUACGGAGGAUUUUCUGAAGCUGGGCGCGCUUGAGCCAAUUGAUCAAUCCGAAGAAUGUUUGUUCAUCAAUAGGCUUCCGCUAGGUACGAAAAUAUAUCCACUGACCGACCUCUUUUGGGAAAUAAAACACUAAAUUUUGUCAACCAGAUGUACGAAACCGAAUCUACAGGAAGCUUCUUAGGAGACCUGUUGGAAUCAUUCCAUGUUCUGGUUGUAACGUUCGGGACACACCAGGGACGCAAUUAGGGCGUGGUGUGAAGGCCUACGAUUGGGGGUAUGUUUGGAAGGAAAGUCAUGCGAUAUACGGAGACGAGGAUUGGAUAAGAUAUCGAAGACGUAGAGCUCAACGAAAGUACAACAUAAAGUACAACCGCCGGUACGUUGAUCAUAGAGAUUCGGUCCCGCCUCUAGAUUAUGAGCGUCUACCCGAUCCCUGGGACCCGUACGAUGAAUUCGAUUACGAACGUUCCGACAAAGACUUGCGGGUACAGAAAUUUGGGAAGGUCAGGAAUCUUUUAGUCACUUGCCGGCAAAUAUAUCACGAGGCUUGCGAAAUACUCUACGGAGAAAACACCUUUGUGUUCAUCACCUGCAAUUACCGAAUACAUGACCCCAAAGAGGUGCGAAAGGCUCAAAGCCGCAUUCCCGGUUAUCCAGAUCGCUACGGAAGACCUCCGAGCAUUGAAAAAACGGUUCUCGAUGUUUACCGGAUAUUUGGUGAGGAAAUCUAUCGACAGCAAUUCUUGUAUCGCGAUCAAAUGCUGCGGUUCUUUAACAGAAUCGGACUCGUUAAUACUUCACGCAUUAAAAAAGUCCGAUUGGAAGGAGUACUCAAGCCAAAAAGAGCCUUCCCGGUUGAUGAAGAAGAUUUUUAUUUUGUUGGUGCUACUGAUGGUCUUGAUACUUUUGUGCCAAUGGCGUUUUCAGAGACUCUGCGCAUUCUUCUCGUCGUACUGAAGAUUGCCUGCCCAACACUCUACCGCCUAGAUUUGAUGUUGACAGAUGGCCUUUGGAUUAAGGACGAUCGUCCAUAUUCGGAGGAUCCCAAUUUUUCAUGCGAAGACGAAAUUGACGCAAUGGUUGAGAUGGUCGCAAAGGGUCUUCCAUCUUUAAACCGUCUAAUUCUAAGCGAUUGGACUGACAAUCAGACUCAUCCGCUCAAUUGGGGGAAAUCGAGACUUUGGGUUAAAUUUGUCGAGGAGCGGGAAGCAGUGCCGCCGGACUACAGCUCACUCGCACUCAUGAUUAAGAUGAGUCAAAUUGAAGCCGGACUACCACCAGAAGGAACAAAAAGAAAGAGAGAACAGAUGACUGCGGGAUGA